GACAGUGUUCAACUCCGAUUCGAAGGCCUCGUCUUCGGCCGCGCCUCCACGCGCCGAUCGGUCUCGAUCCGCUGCUCGACAGCCAGUGCCUCGACAGCAGGAGUUGAGGCCAAGGCCUCAAAAGCUAAGGCUGACGCAUCCAAUGCGCUGGGCGGAGCAGCUCUUCGUGGUGAUCUCGAGCAAGCAUUGUCGCAGGCAAAGCCAGAGGUCACGGUCGAGGAGGAGGAGGACGUGAGGCGCUCGAAUCAGAUCAGGACCAACCGACAACGAGUGCAAAAGCCGCUGCCUCUGGCGCGGAACCAGUUCGUCCGGUCGUUAUGA